AUGCUGAGAAAAAACAAAUUCAAACGCGCUGCUGCUGCUGCUGCUGCUGCUGCUGCUGCUGCAGCAGCAGCAGCAAGAACAGCAACAGCAGCAGCAGCAGCAACAGCAAAAUUUAGAGCAACACCACCAGCAGCAACAGUAGCAACAACAGCAACACCAGCACCAGCACCAACAGCAGCAGCACCAACAGCACCAACACCAGCAGCAGCAGCACCAACAGCAGCAGCAGCACCACCACCACCACCAACAGCACCAACAGCACCAGCAGCACCAACAGCAGCACCACCAACAGCAGCAGCAGCACCAGCACCACCACCACCAACAGAAGCACCAACAGCACCACCACCAACAGCACCAGCAGCAGCAGCAGCAGCAGCAGCAGCAGCAGCAGCAGCAGCAGCAGCAGCAGCAGCUUACUUUCGGUGA